AUGUUCGACUUGACAAUUCCUUUCAGUCAUGCCACAUCUCUCGUGCGCCGAAUUUUCAGCGAGGCACUCCUGCUCCUGCGUCUCGCCGUUCGUCUGUGGACAUACCUUGGCGUCGGUUGGAAAUGGUCGAUCCAGCUGCUGCGCCUCGUGCUCUACGCAAUGCUGCUCUUGCCGGGCUUCCUCCAGAUGAUUGUGUUCUACGUCUUUAGCCCACGAGUACGGCGCAGCGUUGUGUACGGGCCGAAGCCGCGGCAACGGUUGGACCUGUAUUUCCCGCCCCACCCUCAUCCGCAUGCCGCCUAUCCCGUCGUCAUUUACGUGACAGGUGGCGCCUGGACCAUUGGUUACAAGGCCUGGGGAGCGCUCCUUGCCCGGCGGCUGAGCGAGCAGGGCGUGUUGGUGGCAUGUCUGGAUUACCGCAACUUCCCACAGGGUGACGCGCUGGACAUGUUGGAGGAUGUCAACACCGGCAUCAGCUGGGUGCUAUCCCGCAUCCACCGAUUCGGGGGGGACCCGGACAGCGUCACGUUGGUGGGCCAGUCGGCGGGCGGCCACCUGGCGGGGCUGGCGCUCAUCAAGCAGGUGGGCAAGGGAGAAACAGGGGGGGGACAUUCGGGGGUGGCCUGGUCACCCGCCUGUCUCAAGGCCUUUGUAGGAGUCUCCGGUGCUUACGACCUGGCCGCGCUCGCGGAGCACCUGCACCGCCGUGGCCUUUACAGGAACGUGUUCGACCGCAUCAUGACUCUUGGCUGCAAAGGCGGCGCGCGCCCGGCAUUUGAGGCGUUGUCGCCGCUGCAGGCCGCCCGUCGGCUGCCUCCGGGCGCCGCGGGCAUGUUGCCGUACGUACUGUUGAUCCACGGUACGGCAGACAAGACGGUGCCGGCGGAGGGCAGUGCGCAGCUGUGCGAGGCGCUGCAGUCCUCUGGCGCCCCCAGCUGCCGCUGCCUGCUCAUCCCCGGCAAGACCCACACAGCCUUCCUGUUGGAGGACCCCAUGCGGGGGGGCAGGGACCUGCUCAUGGACACAGUCCUGGGGGCGGUCAAAGGGAGCGGGGACUCGGAGAACCAUGUCUAUGGAACCCUCUGUCCGGGUUUCUUGUGCGACAUGGCGGGCUGGGUGUGCCCGUUUUGA